AUGAUGGUUCAUGUCAAAUACAAUCGCCAAACUAUUCGUUUACGAAUAGUUGUUGUUAAUGGCUAUGGUACAGUGUCAAUAGUUGUUGUAUCAAAACCAAGUGAUAAAAUACGAAUUUGCGCUGAUCUUAAUACUGGAGUUAACCAAGCUCUUGACAUUAACCAGUAUCCAUUACUAAAACCAAACGCUUUAUCUGUUGCUCUUAAUGGAAGAAAUCAAUUUAAAAAGGUUGAUUUCUCAGAAGCCUAUCUUCAAAUUGAAUUAGAUCAAGAUUGUAAGGAGCUGUUAAUUCUUAAUACACACAAAGAUCUUUUUCGACAUAACAGGUUACCAUUUGGGGUUGCAUCUGCACCAAACAUUUUUCAACAAAUCUGGGAUGAGAUGUUAGUCAGUCUUGAUGAUACAGUUUGCUACUUAGAUGAUAUUAUUGUCACUGUACAAAAUUAUCAGGAUCAUUUACAUAAUCUUAACAAAGUAUUUGCAAGAAUCCAAAAUUAUCUAUUGUGGUGUUCACGUACAAUUAUGUCAUCUUCUUUUCGGAAUCAAUUAUUUGAACAUCUUCAUUCUUUACAUUCUGGUAUGGGUAGAAUGCAAGCUGCAGCACGUCGAUAUUGUGGCUAUACUGAAAACUCGAAACAAUUAGUUAAAGCUCCACUUCAACAAUGGAUUGUUCCAUCACAUCCAUGGCAAUGA